AUGUGCGGUUGGUGGCCGUGUCGAAGUUUAAGGCCGCAGAAGCAGUGCAAGCAGCAGUGGACUUGGGACAGGUGGAUUUCGGAGAGAAUUAUGUGCAGGAGUUGCUGGAGAAAGCCUCCGCUCUGCCCUCCAACGUGGCAUUUCAUUGGACGUCUGCAGUCCAACAAGGUGAAGAAGCUGCUUAGCAUCCCCAAUCUGGUAGCAAUUGAAACAGUGGACUCGUCGUCGCUCGCAGACAGGAUAGCUUCUGCUGCACAAGCUGCUGGAAGGGGAAUGCGCGGCAUUGAUCCUCUGGACUUGUUCAUUCAGGUCGACACCAGCAAUGAGGAAACGAAAGGUGGUGUUCAGCCGAGCGACGCACCCAACCUGGCAUCCCACAUCGCAGCGUGCGGAAGAUCCGUGCGACUGGCUGGGCUGAUGACAAUCGGUGCCCCUGGCGACAUGGGGGCCUUUGAUCGGCUCCACGCGGCACGCAGUGCGGUGGCGGCGGCUUUGGGCGUGCCCGACAAGGAGUUGGGUCUGAGCAUGGGGAUGUCAGGAGACUUUCAAGAGGCCAUCCGCAAGGGCGCCACCUCAGUGCGAGUAGGUUCUCUCAUUUUCGGCUCCCGACCGCCGAAGUGA